AUGUUGAGAUUUAAAGCGGCAUCAAUUGUAACUUUCCUCCUGCCACUUUUGCAACAUCCACAUAUCACGCCUUCGGCUCUUUUUCCCGCCACUUUACCACCAUCAGCUUUUUUUCUCUAUCCCAAAUUAGAUAUAUCAAAUACUGUUGUCAACUUGUUGAGAAGGAAGGUCUCAAAGCCAAGGUUCUUGAGAACCGCCGCUACAUGA